AUGGGUCAAGACAAAACCAACCUCACUAUGGCCAUCUUGAUCAGUGACCCUCAGUGUGCUCUGGUGGUUAAGAGAGACGAAAUUGAGCAGUUACAGAGAGUCGAAACAGUUAAGGAGAAAAAGCUGUCACGGACUGAGAAGCUCCUAGAGGAUGAUGCAAUUCUGUUUGACUCAUUUCUGAAGGAAAAUGACAAGACCUCUGUGGAAGCCAUCAAAGUUGUGGAACAGGAGACGAAGGAAAAGCUAGAGAAAAUGGAAGGGAUCAAGAAAAUUACAACUAAAAUGUUUACCAUCAAAAGUGAUAUCUCCGGGUAUAAAGACAUUCUGAAAGAGUACAUGUUGUAUAAAGACUUCCUAUGCAAGCUGUCCCCUGUCCAGUGGCAAGAGCAACAAGCAGCCAAGAAGUCACUCAAACCCACUUUUGUCACUAAUGAGAGUGGUGGAGACAAGAGCAAGCAGGGAAGGACUGCUCUUUCAGAGCCAGAUAGACAAUAUCAAGAGCUGCCCUCACUACCUGAGGCCAAACACGUGAAGUCUCUCCCACAGAACAAGAUACUAGAUGCUGUAUCAGAGACUGAUCAUGACAGUUCUGAAUAUGAGGUAGAGCCUGAGCUAUACUUCACGCAACCGCAGCAACUGCUGGACCUCCUGACAGAGCUGGAGGAGCAGAACCUCUCAUUGAUCCAAAACUCCCGUGAGACUGAAGAGGCCCUUGAGGAAUUCAGACACACUAUGGAGCAAACCAGAGAAAAAAUGGAGCUCGAGGCAGAUCAAUUGAAACAGCAAAUUGAUACAAUGAACCUGAGCAUCAAGAAAGAGAGCGCCAGAGCAGCAGAUCUAGAACUCAAAGCCAGACUCUUCAACUUCGGGAAGGACGAGUCUGAGGACCAGGAUGGGGUUUUGACUGCUCUGAGCCAUAAGGUGGAGGUGGUGUACAGGAGCUGUGUUGGGAAUUGUGAGGCUAGUCUAAGCGCCCUGCAGAUGCUGGUGGCAAUAGAGGACCGACUGGGGGAGCUUCUGGAGAACAUGGAGAUGAUCCCAAAGGAGCGAUUGAUCAUAGCUGAGAGAGCCAUGGAGAGGGAGAAGAGAAUCAGGUUGCGUGAUGAAAAGAUCCAGCAGCAGAAGCACCACCAAGAGGAUAGGCUGAAAAAGGCCUUAGCGAGAGCCCAAUCUGACAUCAAGAAAACGGUGGGUAAGAAGCUGAUGCCAAGGUCUCAGCCCCCUGUUCGUAAGCUGAAGACCUGCAACUUCAAUAACAGCAUCGACAAGGAGAGAGAAGAGCACCUUUACUUCUUCACCUAA